AUGAGUUGUUUUUCGUGCUUUUCAUCUAAAACUGCUGCCAAAAGAUCAAAUAGUGGGAAGAGAGAAGAAUUGUUGUCUCUUUCCGACAGGGAACCGAUUAAUAAUGUAGCACCUGCUGAAGUGCCUAAGGCCAAUCCCCAUUCCCUGCCUAAUGAGCAAACCACAAACAAUAGGAAUGCUAAUGCAAAUGCCAGUAAAGAUGGUGGUCAUAAUAUUGCUGCACAAACUUUCACCUUCCGUGAACUGGCAACAGCAACAAAGAACUUCCGACAACAAUGUCUGAUCGGAGAGGGUGGAUUUGGAAGAGUUUAUAAGGGGAAGCUUGAAACAACAGACCAGAUUGUAGCUGUGAAGCAACUUGAUAGGAAUGGCUUGCAAGGAAAUAGAGAGUUCCUUGUUGAGGUGUUGAUGUUGAGUCUCUUACACCAUGACAAUUUAGUGAAUCUUAUCGGAUAUUGCGCUGAUGGUGAUCAGAGACUUCUGGUGUAUGAGUUCAUGCGUUUGGGAUCUUUGGAAGAUCAUUUAUUAGACGUCCCACCAGGGCAAAAGCCAUUAGAUUGGACCAAGAGAAUGAGGAUAGCUCUAGGAGCUGCCAAGGGUCUAGAAUACUUGCAUGAUAAGGCAAAUCCUCCAGUUAUUUACCGAGAUUUAAAAUCUUCAAACAUCUUAUUAGACUCCGAUUUCAAUGCAAAACUCUCUGAUUUCGGGCUAGCUAAGCUUGGACCGGUUGGAGACAAGACACAUGUAUCUUCAAGAGUAAUGGGAACAUACGGGUAUUGUGCCCCUGAGUACCAAAGAACAGGCCAACUGACUGUUAAGUCGGAUGUGUACAGUUUUGGAGUUGUGUUGUUAGAACUGAUCACCGGAAGGAGAGCAAUCGACACAACAAGGCCAACAAGGGAGCAAAAUCUUGUGUCUUGGGCAGAGCCAGUGUUCAAGGAUCCUCAUAAGUAUCCGGGACUAGCUGAUCCACUUCUUGUAGGAGACUAUCCAGUAAGAGCAUUGAAUCAAGCAGUUGCAGUUGCAGCAAUGUGUCUUCAUGAGGAAGCGCCAGCGCGUCCCUUAAUGAGUGAUGUGGUCAGUGCUCUCAGUUUCCUUGGGGUUGAUGAUGAAGAAAGUAUUCCCUCCUCACCCUCACAAGCCGAUGAUGAAGGUGAUGAUGAUGAUAAUCAUGAUAAUGAUGAUGAAGACAUGUCUGACGUAGAAUACAGGAAUUCAAAGGAAGAAGAAAGUGUAAAGGAACGCAAACGCGCUGUAGCAGAAGCCAUAGAAUGGGGUUCAACUUCAAGGACCAAUGCAGCCUCCUCAAAGUUGGAAACUGCUUCUUCAUUGCAAAAGUGA